AUGGCACAAACACCGAUGGACUCCUCAGUAGGAACAAGGAGCCCUACUAUCGUCAAAAAUGAUACAAACACUGAUGAUGUCCUCAGAAAGAGCCCAACUAUCGUCAAAAAUGACACACACACUGAUGCUGUACUCAGAAGGAACCCAACUAUCGUCAAAAAUGACACACACACUGAUGCUGUACUCAGAAGGAAUCCAACUAUCGACAAAAAUGACACAAACACUGAUGAUGUCCUCAGAAAGAGCCCAACUAUCGUCAAAAAUGACACACAGACUGAUGCUGUCCUCAGAGGGAGCCCAACUAUUGUCAAAAAUGACACAAACACUGAUGCUGUCCUCAGGAAAAGCCCAACUAUCGUAAAAAAUGACACAAACACUGAUGCUGUCCUCAGAAAGAGUCCAACUAUCGUCAACAAUGACACAAACACUGAUGCUGUCCUCAGAAAAAGCCCAACUAUCGUCAAAAUUGACAUAAACACUGAUGCUGUCGACAGUAGGGAAAAAAAUACUGGCAAAAAUGAUACAAACACUGAUGCUGUCGACAGUAGGGACAAAAGUACCGGCAAUAAUGAAACACACACUGAUGCUGUCCUCAGAAAGAGCCCAACUACCGUCAAAAAUGACACAAACACUGAUGCUGUCCUCGGAAGGAGCCCAACUAUCGUCAGAAAUGACACAAACACUGAUGCUGUCCUCAGAAAGAGCCCAACUAUCGUCAAAAAUGACACAAACACUGAUGCUGUCCCCAGUAGGGACAAAAAUACCGAAAGAGCCCAACUAUCGUCAAAAAUGACACAAACACUAAUGCUGUCCUCGGAAGGAGCCAAACUAUCGUCAAAAAUGACACACACUGAUGCUGUCCUCAGUAGGGACAAAAAUACCGGCAAUAAUGAAACACACACUGAUGCUGUCCUCAAAAAGAGCAUAACUACCGUCAAAAAUGACACAAACACUGAUGCUGUCCUCGGAAGGAGCCCAACUAUCGUCAGAAAUGACACAAACACUGAUGCUGUCCUCAGAAAGAGCCCAACUACCGUCAAAAAUGACACAAACACUGAUGCUGUCCUCGGAAGGAGCCCAACUAUCGUCAGAAAUGACACAAACACUGAUGCUGUCCUCAGAAAGAGCCCAACUAUCGUCAAAAAUGACACAAACACUGAUGCUGUCCCCAGUAGGGACAAAAAUACCGGCAAUAAUGACACAAAUACUGAUGCUGUCCUUAGAAAGAGCCCAAUUACCGUCAAAAAUGACACAAACACUGAUGCUGUCCUCGGAAGGAGCCCAACUAUCGUCAGAAAUGACACAAACACUGAUGCUGUCCUCAGAAAGAGCCCAACUAUCGUCAAAAAUGACACAAACACUAAUGCUGUCCUCGGAAGGAGCAAAACUAUCGUCAAAAAUGACACACACACUGAUGCUGUCCACAGUAGGGACAAAAAUACCGGCAAUAAUGACACAAACACAGAUGCUUUCCCCAGAAAGAGCCCAACUAUCGUCAAAAUUGACACAAACACUGAUGCUGUCCUCGGAAGGAGCCCAACUAUCGUCACAAAUGACACACACGCUGAUGCUGUCCACAACAGAGACAAAAAUACCGGCAAUAAUGACACAAACACUGAUGCUGUCCGCAGUAGAAACAAAAAUUCCGUCAACAACGAUACAAAUAUUCACGUCGAUACAAAUGACAGGGAUUCUGCUCAUAAUUCCGAAGCCUGA